UUCAAUUUACGAUUACCUACGAUAAUUGAUUUAUUUCAAUAAUUCACCAGUUGACCAGAGCAAUUUAUUUGUUUACCUAUAUCAAAUUCCUAUAGUAUUUACUGUCCAUGCAAGAGUUAAAAGCGUCAGUUUUGUAAGCUAUUAUUCACAUGAAAAUCAUAUUUUUAAAGAAGACUAUGUCCUUCAAAAAUACUUUCCAUAAGAGCAGUAUCUCUAUUCAUUAUCUUCAUAUGGGGUGUUAUUACUACAUGAUUCACCCAAUAGUAGUUGUCAAAAAAUUAAAAGAUAUCCCUGCUUCGGGGUACUCUCGUAUAUUUGCACGGAAAAAUGGACUCAUCUACCAUCGGAAAUUCGCAUGUAAUCAAAAUCCCCGUUUUUCUUGUGGAUAUUGUUCCUACAAAGCUCGGCAUAUUUCAAAUACUCGAAGGCAUAUCCGUAAAUAUCAUCCAGGCUGGCAUAAGUAUGGAGAAAAUAUGUAUGUUCUUCAACCUCCAAGUGAGGUUCGAAGUGAGGUUCCUAAAAGGAAAUUUCCUUGUCCAAACUGUCCUACUUCACUUAGCCAUCAGAGAUAUCUAACAUACCAUCUGAAACACGAAUGUGGAAAAGGUCCCAGAUUUGGGUGCGGAUAUUGUUCCUAUAAAGCUCGUCAUGUUUCAAAUACUCGAAGGCAUAUUCGAACACGUCAUCCGGGUCAAUCAAUACGUACAAUUAAUUUGUUUAAACAAUACGUGCAGUAUUAAUA